GGAUGCGGCGCCCGGGGCGGCGGUGACCGCGGAGCGCCCCUCGCGGGCCCGGCCUGAGCCUCGCACCGCCGCCCGCCGAGCCCCGCGAGGUCCGGACAGGCCGAGAUGACGCAGAGCCCCGCGUGGCUGCUGCUGCUGCCGCCGCUGCUGCUGGGGGCCCUCCCGCCGGCCGCCGCCGCCCGAGGCCCCCCAAGGAUGGCAGACAAAGUGGUCCCGCGACAGGUAGCCCGGCUGGGCCGCACCGUGCGGCUGCAGUGCCCAGUAGAGGGGGACCCGCCACCCCUGACCAUGUGGACCAAGGACGGCCGCACGAUCCACAGUGGCUGGGGCCGCUUCCGGGUGCUGCCGCAGGGGCUGAAGGUGAAGGAGGUGGAGCCAGGGGACGCAGGGGUCUACGUGUGCAAAGCCACCAACGGCUUCGGCAGCAUCAGCGUCAACUACACCCUCGUCGUGAUGGAAGAUGUCAGCCCCGGGAAGGAGAGCCCAGGACCCGACGGCCCCUCAGGGGGCCAGGAGGACCCAGCCAGCCAGCAGUGGGCCCGGCCCCGCUUCACGCAGCCCUCCAAGAUGAGACGCCGGGUGAUCGCGCGGCCCGUGGGUAGCUCCGUGCGGCUGAAGUGCGUGGCCAGCGGGUACCCACGGCCUGACAUCAUGUGGAUGAAGGACGACCAGGCCUUGACCCGCCCGGAGGCCAGCGAGUCCAGGAAGAAGAAGUGGACGCUGAGCCUGAAGAACCUGCGGCCCGAGGACAGCGGCAAGUACACGUGCCGCGUGUCGAACCGGGUGGGCGCCAUCAACGCCACCUACAAGGUGGACGUGAUCCAACGCACCCGCUCCAAGCCGGUGCUGACGGGCACGCACCCCGUGAACACGACGGUGGACUUCGGGGGCACGACGUCUCUGCAGUGCAAGGUGCGCAGCGACGUGAAACCCGUGAUCCAGUGGCUGAAGCGCGUGGAGUACGGUGCCGAGGGCCGCCACAACUCCACCAUCGACGUGGGCGGCCAGAAGUUCGUGGUGCUGCCCACAGGCGACGUGUGGUCGCGGCCCGACGGCUCCUACCUCAACAAGCUGCUCAUUGCGCGCGCCCGCCAGGACGACGCGGGCAUGUACAUCUGCCUGGGCGCCAACACCAUGGGCUACAGCUUCCGCAGCGCUUUCCUCACCGUGCUGCCAGACCCAAAGCCGCCAGGGCCGCUGGUGGCCCCCUCGUCCCCAACCUCCAGCCUGCCAUGGCCCGUGGUCAUCGGCAUCCCUGCUGGUGCUGUCUUCAUCCUGGGCACCGUGCUCCUGUGGCUGUGUCAGGCCAAGAAGAAGCCGUGUGUGCCCGCACCUGCCCUGCCCCCGUCCGUGCCUGGGCACCGCCCGUCCGGGGCAGCCCGCGACCGUGGUGGGGACAAGGAUCUACCGCCAACAGCCGUCCUCGGCACUGGCGCUGGCGUGGGGCUGUGUGAGGAGCACGGGCCCCCAGCAGCCCCCCAGCACCUGUUGGGCCAAGGCUCGGCUGCUGGGCCUAAGCUGUACCCCAAACUCUACACAGACGUCCACACGCACACACACACGCACUCACACACGCACUCACACAUGGAGGGCAAGGUCCACCAGCACCAGCACAUCCACUACCAAUGCUAGAUGGUGGCUGCCUCUCCAGAGUGCCGGGCGCCAUGGUGGGCACACAGGGCCGAGGGCAGGUGCACAGGCCAGGUGGGACAGAGGGCGGAAUGCGAG